CACAGCUAUUCACAAAACACACACUUCCUGUUAGCAUAGAGCCAUUAUCCAUUCUUUGGGCGGAGUCACCGCUUGGUAUAAACUAGUCAAGUGGCAUUAAACACACUUAAAGUCGACUGUGUGAAUGAACGCUGCAGCCAACCGUGGAAGAGAUGCAGACGGAGCGUGCAAAGAGGAUGGACUCUGCAGGAGAAGAAGCGUCCCUGAAUUCACCUGAGCUGCCCUGGAACCAGCUCUAUUUGAAGAGAAGGACCGAGUCCAGGAUCCAGUUAAGGAGGAGAGUGUGCUUCACUGGCCCUGCUGCUGCUGCUGCUGUUACCGGGGUAUUGGCAAUCCUCAUACUGGCUGCUGACAGUGUGAGCAGCGACAGUGAGUUUGUGACAGUCCCGAGCUCAGUGAAGUGUACUGAGGGGCAGGACUGUAUCCUGAGCUGCACCUUCAACUACACAGCUGGAGGCUGGGAUGAGAAGUCAGCUGUGAUCUGGAGAAGAGCAGAAACGGGGAGCAUCAUUCACAGUUACCAUGACAACACGGACCAGCUUGCCGAUCAGCUCCCUCAGUAUGUGAGCAGGACCAGCCUGUUUGAUUCUGAGCUGCAGCGCGGGAACGCUUCACUGCUGCUGAGGAGAGUCAGGGAGGAAGAUGCUGGAGAAUACAAGUGCUCUGUUUACACUCUUAGACUGUACGGGUCGGGCCUAACUGAGGUAGUCGUGGUUCCGGCUCAACCCAUAACAGCACCAGCUCAUGUGACAGUCCCGAGCUCAGUGAAGUGUACUGAGGGGCAGGACUGUAUCCUGAGCUGCACCUUCAACUACACAGGUGGAGGCUGGGAUGAGAAGUCAGGUGUGAUCUGGAGAAGAGCAGAAACGGGGCGCAUCGUUCACGGUUACCAUGACAACACGGACCAGCUUGACCAUCCGCUCCCUCAGUAUGUGAGCAGGACCAGCCUGUUUGAUUCUGAGCUGCAGCGCGGGAACGCUUCACUGCUGCUGAGGAGAGUCAGGGAGGUAGAUGCUGGAGAAUACGAGUGCUUCGUUUCCACUCCCAGACUGUCCGGGUCGGGCCUGACUGAGGUAGUCGUGGUUCUGGCUCAACGACACGCCUGGUGGGGUUUAGGAGCAGUUCUUCUUUGUGUGAUUGCAGGGCUCUGUGUCAGUCUGUGGCUCUAUAAAAAACACGCAGGUUGCUGCAGGAAAUCCGACAUGGCUUCUAGUCCAGCACAGGCAGUGCCGUUAUCAGAUGUGAUCGAGGAGCCUAGUGAAGUCAGACGGCUCCCCUGCACUGCUCAAUAUACCCAGUUUAAUACAAGCUCCCAAAACGAAAUAGUCACUUUGAAUUAGGAAACGUGAUCAGUGUUGAAGAGAAAUUUUAAAAAUCACAUUGUUUCCGAGACAAUUGCACUAUAAUCUGUACUCUCGUUGUCUUUGCACGAUAUCAGAACAAUCCAGCAAAGAGAUACAGUAGUUUAUUCAACAUGACAUUAACCUCUUCAUCUCCAGGAUGCACAUCAAAGGAAAGAGCACUUGCAGUACCACGCCCUGCCUGCGCACGUCAAGGUUUGCCGUCUGUUCUCUGGGGUUUUUAUUUUCAAUCUGAUCUCUUUGUAUUCAUGCUCUGAGGCAGGGUUAGUGUGUGUGUUUUGAAGUCGUGGAGGAGAGAUGGAAAUCAUCAGGUGACUUUAUUAUCCAGUUGCGUUCCGGGCACAAAUCCCUCUCUAUCUGUGAAGACAUUGACAAGAGCUGGAGACGAUCAACGAUCUCAACUAUAUACAGAGUAUUUCAUUGUAUUAUUUCUGCAGUUGUGCUUGUCUACCUUUAUUUUAUAUUAGUAUUUGAUUGAAAAAAAUAUAUGGCAGCGUACAUGGAUUGUGAGAAGGGGAGCGCUGAAGAGUUUGAGCCGUGUUCGGAGGAUUUCUGAAAGCAGCGACAGCACUUGGAGUAUCUUUUACAGUGCUGGGACAAAAUACUGUGAAGCCAGAAAUACUUGCAACCAAAACAUUUGGUGAAUCACUCCCGUAAAACCUAUUUUACUCCAGAAAUGUGGCAGCCUGUUACAAUAUACGAAGUAUGUAUUGUCAGUGGAUUUUUUUUUUUUCAUAUGUGAAAACCACAUAAUAAACACAACUCAAGAAAGAAAUCUAUAUAAAAAUCAGAAUCAAUUCUACAAUCAACCUCUUUAACCUUGUUUUUAUUAUUUUGUAUUUGUUUUGUUGUAUUAUUAUUAUGAUUUAUUCUGUUUAAAUAUGAAGGUGAAAAGCCAUAGUUGUUUUUGUUUGGCAAGGACGAGCGAGGUGCCGUCCGCCAUGAUGUUUUGUUUUUGUUUUAAAAUACCUUGUGAGAAUGCGUGACUGUCAGCUAGUGAUUAUUGAAUUAGCUGGCAGUCACGCUUAAUAAUUCUACCCUUGCAGACUGUGGCCGAGCGGUAACGAGAGAAUGGAUAGCCAGUUAACCCCUCGGCCAUGAUAUCAAAGACCUGUAGCUUUGGCUGCAAGGUCUGGGUGUUCGAGAGGAGGAAACGAGCGAACGAGAGGAGAAAGAAACAGUUAUUAAAAUAACCACAGGAUCAGUGAAAGCGGUCUGCUCAGCCUGACCUGAGUUUUGUGUUAGUGAUUUGUUUUUGGUUAUCUUUUUUAUUUUGCUCUGUGAAGUGUUUUUUUGUUCAAACCUUUUAUUUUAUUUUUGUGUUUGUUAAAAUAAAACGGCGCGAACGCCUUUACAUGCGG